CAGAGGUGCAGCUCAACAUGCCUCCGUUUGAGAAAACUCCACAUCCCAAACCCUUCAAACAGAGGAAGAGCUUAGCAACGAGGAAACAAGAGGUGGCGGGAAUACGGACUAAGUUUCCGACUAAAAUCCCGGUAAUAAUCGAGCGAUAUCAGAGAGAGAAGUUUUUGCCGCCUCUGGAUAAAACCAAGUUCCUCGUGCCUCAGGAGCUCACCAUGACCCAGUUCGUCACCAUCAUCAGGAAUCGGAUGACGCUGAUGCCCAAUCAGGCCUUUUACCUGCUCAUCAAUAACUCUGGCAUCGCCAGCAUGUCUAUGACCAUGGCGCAGCUUUAUAAAGACCACAAAGAUGAAGACGGGUUUCUCUACAUGACCUACGCCUCGCAGGAGAUGUUCGGACACAGGUGACGCGUCCAGGACAUUUACUGAACUGAACUGAUGCAUUAUUUAAGUCUUUGUAUAUAGUGUUAUCCUUUUAGCUACUGUGUGUGUUUUAAUGGUUUUCUAAGUAAUAAACUGUCUUUAAUUGGCGUAUCGGCCACCAGAGGGAGACGUCUGUUCAUUCUGAUGCAGGAAAUAAAUGUUCUCGCUCGUUUAGGAAUAAUAAAAGCCUAAAUCAUGUGCAUAUAAAAAAAAAAUAAAGGUUGAUCAUGUUUGGUGCAUCGUUUUGGGUUCAUGUUUGGAUUAUGCAGCUCAAAUAUAUGGGGGAUUUUUAGCAUUGUCUGUAUAUUUUGUCUCCUGAAUAAACUUGUUUAUUAAAAAAGCUUUAAUGAAACUGUUUUGAAUAAAAGGUCUUAAGGUUUUCCUAAAA